AUGGGAGAUAUGAAGACCCCAGACUUUGAUGACCUUCUUGCAGCUUUUGACAUUCCUGACAUGGUGGAUCCCAAGGCAGCUAUUGAGUCUGGCCAUGAUGAACAUGAUCACAUGAAGCAAAAUGCCCAAGGGGAUGAUGAUAACCAUAUCCCUUCAUCAUCGGACGUCGGUGUCAGUGUUAUAGUGAAAAACAUAAGAACCAUCGACUCUUCUGAGACAUCUGACAAAGACCAUCAUCACACCACCGGCAAUGGUUUGCACAAUGGCUUUCUCACCAUUUCCAAUCUUGAACGGUUUAACAAAGAAGGGCUGAAGUCUCUGAAGGACAAAGCCAUUGCAUCUGGAACCAUUCCGAAAGAGACCGUCUUUAACCAGUUCAGUCCUAUUUCCAGUGCUGAAGAAUUUGAUGAUGAUGAAAAAAUUGAAGUGGACGAUACUACCGAUCCAGAAGCCUCGUGCCCAAGCUUUGGCUCUAGUAUUUUAAAUCAGCAUCACUAUGAACGGGACAAAGCUGUUGAACAUUUAAUAAAGUCUGGGACUGCCAUCUCCAACAACUUUGAAAAAAACAAAGAAGGCAAACAAAACUAUGAGGUUGGCUCGGUAUUUGAAACCUUUAAGAUUAAAAACCUUGAUGAGAAACUGGAAGAGAGUACUCGGAGAAUGUUAGAGAACAAAGCUAUUGAUGGCAAACUGGACCCAGAAAAAAGUGAGGUAAAUGGAGGAAAUGUAGCACAGCUGAAGUUAAAAUCUUCUGCAAAGCUUUCCUCGUGUAUUGCUGCGAUUGCGGCUCUUAGUGCAAAGAAGGUAACAUGUGACCCAAAGGAUAUACACCCGAUUCCAGAGGAGUCCUCUCAAGUACCAAAAGAAAUUGACAAACCUUUGGCCAACAUAAAAUCUACUGAUGCUCAAUUGACAAUGCAAAAUCUCAUUGAUGGUACAAAGAGGACCCCGGUAAAGCCAUCGGACAGCCCGAGGAGUGUAUCGAGUGAGAACAGCAGCAAAGGCUCUCCAUCAUCUGGCGGCUCAACUCCCGCUAUACCAAAAGUAAGAAUCAAGACCAUCAAGACUUCUUCCGGAGAAAUCAAAAGGACUGUCACAAGGGUGUUGCCUGAUUUCGAAGCUGAAGGUACAAAACAAGUAUCGGAUCAGACUUCGCCUCUGGUAGUCUCUUCUCUUUUGUCAUCCCCAACAUCUGCUGCUGCUACUAUUCUUUCUUCACCUACUAGAGCAUCCUUGCAAACGACGGUCGCUACUAAUGCGGUUGUGUCAACAGAUGGCACUGCAAAACAGGUUACAAUCAAACCAGUGGCCACAGCUUUUUUACCUGUAUCUGCAGUAAAAACUGCGGGAUCGCAAGUGAUCAAUUUGAAGUUUGGAAACAAUACCACAGUCAAAGCCACAGUUAUAUCUGCUGCAUCCGUCCAAAGUGCCAGCAGUGCCAUCAUCAAAGCGGCCAAUGCCAUUCAACAGCAAACCGUGGUAGUUCCGGCUUCCAGUCUUGCCAAUGCAAAACUUGUGCCAAAGACGGUGCAUUUUGCCAAUCUUAACCUUUUGCCUCAAGGUUCUCAAGCUACUUCAGAGCUUCGUCAAGUGUUAACUAAACCCCAGCAGCAAAUAAAGCAAGCUCUUGUACCGACCUCUGCUGUGACUCCACCCAGGAAGGUGUCCAGAGUCCAAGUGGUGGCUUCCUCCCAAAGUUCUGUGGUGGAGGCCUUCAACAAAGUACUGAGUAGUAUAAAUCCUGUCCCAGUCUAUGUUCCCAACCUAAGCCCACCAACAAACGCAGGAAUUACCCUGCCAGCACGGGGAUACAAAUGUUUAGAAUGCGGAGAUGCCUUUGCUCUUGAAAAGAGUCUUUUGCAACAUUAUGAUCGCCGAAGUGUUCGGAUUGAAGUAACCUGCAACCAUUGUGCAAAAAAUUUAGUUUUUUACAAUAAAUGCAGUCUUUUGUCUCAUGCGCGUAGUCAUAAAGAGAAAGGAGUCGUGAUGCAAUGUUCGCACCUUAUCCUCAAGCCAGUGCCAGUAGAUCAAAUGAUUGCGUCGGGCCAGAAUACCGCUCCUGCUCCUCCGACCCCAACUCCUCGACAAACCCCGGCUGCUUUGCUGGUCCAUCCUGUAUCAAAGGCACAGUCUAUAGCAUCGGGACCAGUGAUAUCUGCUCCUGCUAGUACACCACUUGCUCCUGCGAUGCCUUUGGAUGAAGAUUCAUCUAAGCUGUGCAGACAUAGUUUGAAGUGUUUGGAAUGCAAUGAAGUCUUUUCAGAUGAAACCUCCUUAGCAACACACUACCAACAAGCUACAGAUGCAGCUGGACAAAGGACGUGUAGCGUCUGUAUGAUGCUUCUACCCAACCCGUGCAGCUUUGCCUGCCACCAGCGCAUUCAUCAACACAAAUCUCCAUACACGUGUCCCGAGUGUGGCGCAAUCUGCAGGUCGGCGCACUUCCAGACGCACAUCUCCAAGAACUGUCUGCAUUACACCCGCAGGAUCGGCUUCCGGUGCAUGCACUGCAAUGUCGUCUACUCAGAAAUAGCAGCAUUAAAGUGUCACAUUCAAGGAUCCCAUUGUGAGGUCUUCUACAAGUGUCCAAUCUGUCCGAUGGCAUUUAAAUCUGCACCCAGCACCCAUUCUCAUGCAUAUACCCAGCACCCGGGUGUGAAGAUAGGAGAACCUAAAAUAAUCUACAAGUGCUCAAUGUGUGACACCGUCUUUACCAUGCAGCCUCUGCUCUAUCGGCACUUUGACCAACAUCUCGAGCACCAGAAAGUGUCCGUGUUCAAGUGUCCGGACUGCUCUCUAUUGUAUGCACAGAAGCAGCUAAUGAUGGACCACAUUAAGUCUAUGCACGGGACUCUGAAGAGUAUUGAUGGCCCUCCAAAGGUGGGCGCCAACUUACCUCUGAGCACCAAACCCACUACCCAGAAUUCCACCAGCCCCAGCAAGGAGGAGACCAAGCCUGUUAAUGGCACGGAGAAGACGGAGAAGAAAGCGGCAGCCUCGGAGAAGAAGACUUCUAGCCAGCUGAUCAACAAACUCCCCAACCCAGGAUGGACCUGCUGGGAAUGUGACAAGAACUUCAACCAGAGGGAACUGUACAUUGCACACAUGAAGAAGGAGCAUGGAAAGCACAUGAAGAAGCAUCCAUGUCGGCAGUGUGACAAGUCUUUCAGUUCAUCGCAUAGUCUGUGUCGGCACAACCGCAUCAAACACAAAGGCAUCCGCAAGGUCUACACCUGCCCGCAUUGUACUGAUACCAAGCGAGCUUUCACCAAGCGCUUAAUGUUGGAGAAACACAUUCAAGUCAUGCACGGCAUCAAAGAGCCUCAAGUGAAAGACCGAGGGGAAGUGAAAACUGAACAGACAUUGGAGGAGAAGGACUGCCCUCAGGUGCCUGCACAAAAGCGCAUACUGGAGGAACCAGUUGUGGAAUUCCGGUCACCCCGGGGAGCCAUCACUCAGCCCCUGAAGAAACUGAAGAUCAACGUCUUCAAGGUCCACAAGUGUGCGGUGUGCGGCUUCACAACAGAAAACCUUCUCCAGUUUCACGAGCACAUCCCCCAGCACAAGUCCGAUGGCUCUUCCUACCAGUGCCAGGAGUGUGGCCUCUGCUACACCUCCCACGUGUCCCUCUCCAGACACCUCUUCAUCGUCCACAAGCUCAAGGAGCCACAGACCUCGGUCAAGCAGAACGGUUCUGGAGAGGAUGCUCAGCAGGAGAAUAAACUGGCAGCUGGGAAUGAAACGGCGGAUAGCAUAACAUCUGACAAAACAUGCAAAGUUUGCGCCAAGACAUUCGAAACUGAAGCUGCCUUAAAUACCCACAUGAGGACUCAUGGCAUGGCUUUUAUAAAGUCUAAAAGGAUGGGCUCUACAGAGAAGUGA